ACUAAUCACUUCCUGUACCGAAGAUUUUGAAACUCAUUGUGGACAGCCUAGCGUGAUUUCUUCGAUUUAAAAUGCCGACAUUCAAAGUGAAUGUGAAAUGGGGCAAGGAGAAGUUCACAGAUGUUGAGUGUAAUACAGAUGAGCCCCCUCUUUUGUUCAAAAGUCAGUUGUUUGCUCUCUCUGGAGUUCAGCCUGAUAGACAGAAAGUUAUGAUGAAAGGAGCUGUAUUAAAGGAUGAAGAAUGGGGGAACAUGAAGCUGAAAGAUGGUGCUACAUUGCUGAUGAUGGGCACUGCUGAUGCACUGCAGGAACCAGUAGAGAAGACUGUGUUUAUGGAGGACAUGAAUGAAGAACAGCUUGCUACAGCUAUGGAGCUACCAGCAGGGUUGAACAACCUGGGCAAUACCUGUUAUAUGAAUGCCACAGUGCAGUGUCUGAAGGCAGUGCCAGAGCUCAGAGAAGCUAUUAACAAAGUUGUUGGUCAUCCCAAUGUUGGAGCUGGUGUAUUCAACCCAUCAUAUGCUGUUACAACAGCUCUGAGGGAUCUGUAUGCCUCCAUGGACAAGUCUAAUACAGUUCCUCCCCUUAUACUGCUGAGCAUACUGCAGAUGGUGUUCCCCCAGUUUGCUGAGAAAGAAAGCGAACAUGGGAAUUGGGCUCAGCAGGAUGCCAAUGAAUGUUGGACGCUGAUAGUGAGAUGUCUACAGCAAAAACUAACAUCCCUGGAAGACACUGCCCCAGUUGAUGGCUCUACCCCAGCACCCACCAGGGGGUUCAUUGACCAGUUUAUGGGAGUGGAGAUGACUUCAACAAUGAAAUGUGUUGAGGCUCCAGAAGAGCCACCAACUAUAAUGAAAGAGAAUCUACUGCAACUGAGUUGCUUUAUAGAAAAAGAUGUUAAAUAUUUGCAAACUGGUUUGAAAUCAAGACUCGAAGAACAUAUAACAAAAAAUUCCCCCACACUAGGUAGAGAUGCACAGUAUGAAAAAACAAGUAAAAUUAGUCGUCUACCAGCAUAUUUAACGAUCCAGUUUGUUAGAUUCUUUUACAAGGAAAAGGAGGCUGUCAAUGCUAAAAUUCUGAAAGAUGUGAAAUUCACAGAAAUUUUGGACCUUUUUGACCUGUGUACUGAAGAACUGCAGCAAAAGCUGGUCCCAAUGAGGACAAAGUUUAAGGAAGAGGAAGAUAAAAAUGUGGAGAGAGCAAAUUUGUCCAAGGCCAAGAAAGGUGUCAAAAAUGCCCCUGCUGUCCCUGAGAAGAAAACAAAAAAGGAGCCAUUUUCAUUUCCUGAUGAUACUGGUUCCAACAACAGUGGUUACUACAAGCUGAGGGCAGUGUUAACCCACCGUGGCAGGUCAAGUUCCAGUGGACAUUAUGUGUCGUGGGUCAGGAGGAAAGACACCGAUGAAUGGCUCAUGUUUGAUGAUGACAAAGUCAGUGUGGUAGAAUCUGAAGACAUCUUGAGACUCUCUGGAGGAGGUGACUGGCAUUGUGCAUACUUCCUUGUAUAUGGUCCCAGGGUGUUGGAAAUUGAGGAGGAAGAGGUUGAGGAGGGGGCAGGUGAAGGACAGGCAAAACCAAUGGAAACCAGCAGCUAAACUGGAUAGUGAUCUGACAGAAAUGAUUUAAGACCUUUAACAGUUACAGCCAAAAUAGUAAAUUGGUUUAAUGUUUUGUUCAUGUGAUUUUUCUAUGCAGUGUGUUGCAUACAGUCUUGCUGCUGGUUUUACCUAAACCACUUAAACAUCAGUCUGCAAGUCGCACCUUGAAAUAUGUGCUGAAUGUAGCUUUUAAAUAUUUGACUGGGAACUGAAAUUUAAAGUGCCAGUAUGACAGUGAUGAAGUUAUCUUGUUAAAGUUGGACCUUUAUCUGACAAGACCAUUUUCGACAUUACAUUUCGGGCAUUAGAUUGAAGAUCAAAUUGCUUGAACACUGGAUUCCUAAAAAAAGCUAAGCUUUACAUUUACUAAUUUGAUGACAAAGAGAAAUGCUAUGGACAAAUUCACAAAAUUAAAAUUUG